AAAUAAUAAUAAUCAUUUUUAGUCGAUCCACAUUUGAUCCAAUGUUGUCAGAUCGAUAGGUUGGUUGGUUGGUUGAUUGUGUUUUUUAUUGAAAAGAAUUUCUUUUGAAAAUUUUUCACCUAUUUUCGUCCACACAGUCGUGAUUUUUGUCAACAAAAAUCCUGUUUCCUUCAAACAACAUUUUCAGCUUGUUCUUUUCAUUUCACCUGGAUUCAUCAUUAUAUUCUGAUUCAGCAACAAGAAUUAAUUCAACAUGGUUGACGGUGGUGUUGGUAAAGGCAUUAAAUUUGCCAUGUUUGCAGCCAAUGGUGUUAUUUUUGUCGGUGGUUUAGUUGUAUUUUCAAUCGGUGUUUGGACAUUAGCCGAUCGUUCAUUUAUGGAACGUUUAUUAGGAUCGAAUCUUUAUAUAACAUCAGCAUCAUUGUUAAUUGCAGCCGGUGUUAUUGUAUCAUUUAUUUCGUUUUUAGGUUCAUUGGGUGCAUACAAAGAAAUACGUUUUAUGUUAUUAGUAUUUUUUGUAUUAUUAUUUUUAAUAUUCAUACUGAUGUUAUUGGGAGGUAUAUUGGGCUAUGUUUUUCGUAAUCAAGUUGAUGAUCGUAUGAAACGUGAAAUGCAAAUUACAAUCAGUAAUUAUGGUAAUGAUUCGGCUAUUACUGAUGCCUGGGAUUCUGUUCAACGAAAUUUUCAUUGUUGUGGUAUUGAAUUAGGUGGUAAUCCUGGUUAUACUAUUUAUCGUUUAAAUAAUCCAGUAUUUGGAUCAAAUAGUCGUAGACGAGUACCACGUACUUGUUGUUUAAAUUUACGUGAUGAAUCAUCAGUUGAACAAUGUAUGAUGGAACCGGAAAAACGUGAACAUACUUAUCAUGAUGAUUGUUAUGUUAAAAUGAAAAAUUUUGUCAAAGGACAUGCUAUGUUAGUUGGUGGUAUUGGUAUCGGUAUUGCCUGUAUUUUAAUCAUUGGUAUGGUACUUUCAAUGGCAUUAUUCUGUAUGAUCGAAUAAAAUCAUUAAUCUCAGCAUUCAUAAAUGGACAAUCUUUUAACCUAUAUAUCUACUUAUCAACAUCAUCAUCCAA